ACCCGGAGGAGAAGCACCGCAUCGGCCAUUUUGGGCUCAAAGGGGGCUUUUCUGUCACCACGUGAGGGUUGGGUUAGUGAGUCCGAGACGGACACUUUAAUCGAGCCGAACGAGGACUCAAAAAACUAGGGAGUAAAAUCGGGCUAGCCGCUGCCUCACACACACAUUCGCGCUCUUUUCACAUGUGGUGAUAUACAGAGUGUAAAGGAUGCCGACAGUCACUCUGCCACCCAAAGAAAACGCUCUCUUCAAGAGGAUCUUGAGAUGUUAUGAACACAAGCAGUACAGAAAUGGGUUGAAGUUUUGCAAACAGAUUCUCUCCAAUCCCAAAUUCUCAGAACAUGGAGAAACCCUGGCGAUGAAAGGCCUGACCCUUAACUGCCUUGGGAAGAAGGAGGAAGCCUACGAACUUGUUCGCAGAGGUCUCAGAAAUGACCUAAAGAGCCAUGUCUGCUGGCACGUGUACGGUCUACUCCAGAGGUCUGACAAGAAGUACGAUGAGGCUAUUAAGUGCUACAGGAACGCACUGAAAUGGGACAAAGACAACCUGCAGAUCCUGCGAGAUCUUUCCCUGCUUCAGAUCCAGAUGAGAGACCUGGAGGGUUACCGGGAGACCCGGUAUCAACUGCUACAGUUGCGACCGGCCCAGCGAGCAUCAUGGAUUGGUUACGCCAUCGCGUAUCACCUCUUGGGGGACUAUGAGAUGGCGGCUAAAAUCAUUGAGGAGUUUAGAAAAACACAACAGACAUCCCCUGAUAAGGUGGAUUAUGAGUACAGCGAGCUGCUGCUUUAUCAGAAUCAGGUGUUGAGGGAGGCCGGGCUCAUGAGAGAAGCUCUGGAGCAUCUCACCACAUACGAGAAACAAAUCUGUGAUAAACUGGCGGUGGAGGAGACCAAAGGAGAGCUGCUGUUGAGUCUGGAACGUUAUGAGGAGGCAGCGGAUGUGUACAGACGACUGCAGGAGAGAAAUCCAGAGAACUGGUCUUACUACCAUGGCCUGGAGAACGCCUUCAAGCCUGCAAGCGUAGAGGAGAAGCUGAAGAUUUAUGAGGAAGCGUGGGAGAAAUACCCAAAAGGCCUUGUACCUCGCAGAUUACCACUUAGCUUCCUGUCUGGUGAGAAGUUUCGGGAGUGUCUGGAUAGAUAUUUAAGAAUGAACUUUAGUAAAGGAUGUCCUCCAGUCUUCACUACACUCAGAUCUCUCUACCAGGACAAAGAAAAGGUGUCAAUAAUUGAAGAAUUAGUUGUUGGUUAUGAAACAUCUUUGCGUACCUGUCGAAUGUUCAGCCCGGAUGAUGAUGGCAAAGAGGAGCCGCCCACUACGUUACUCUGGGUUCAGUACUUCCUGGCUCAGCACUAUGAUCAAAUUUCUCAGCACAGCAUGGCCCUUGAAUAUAUCAACGCUGGUAUUGAGAGCACACCUACUCUGAUAGAGCUUUUCCUUGUUAAAGCCAAGAUAUACAAGCAUGCUGGGAACAUCCGGGAAGCAGCCCGCUGGAUGGAUGAAGCUCAGGCCCUGGACACAGCUGACCGCUUCAUCAACUCCAAAUGCGCCAAGUACCUGCUUAAAGCAGGCCUGGUCAAAGAAGCUGAGGAAAUGUGCGCCAAGUUUACAAGGGAGGGAGCGUCUGCCGUAGAGAAUUUGAAUGAGAUGCAGUGUAUGUGGUUUCAGACUGAAUGUGCUCUGGCCUACAAAUCUAUGAAGAAAUAUGGAGAAGCUCUUAAAAAAUGUCAUGAGAUUGAGAGGCAUUUUGUAGAGAUAACCGACGACCAGUUUGACUUCCAUACAUACUGCAUGCGAAAGAUGACGCUGCGCUCCUACGUGGACCUACUGAAGCUCGAGGACGUGUUACGUAUGCACCCGUUCUACUUCAAAGCCUCACACACCGCCAUCCAAAUCUACCUCAACCUUCACGACAACCCGCUUAUCGAUGACAGCAAAGAGCUACAGGCCGAUACUGGGAAUCUUACUGACAAAGAGCUGAAGAAGUUAAGGAACAAGCAACGGAGAGCACUGAAGAAAGCACAGAUAGAAGAAGAGAAAAAGAACGCAGAGAAGGAGAAACAGCUAAAGAACCAGAAGAAGAAGAAAGAGGAUGACGACGAAGAGGUUGGAGGACCCAAGGAGGAACUUGUACCAGAGAAACUGGCCAGGGUGGAAAACCCAUUAGAUGAAGCUGUAAAGUUUCUAACACCCUUGAAAAAUCUAGUGAAGAAGAAGAUAGAAACGCACCUCCUGGCCUUUGAGAUCUACUUUAGGAAAGAAAAAUUCCUGUUAAUGUUGCAAUCGUUGAAGAGGGCCUAUACCAUAGACCCAGACCAUCCCUGGCUUCACCAGUGUGUAGUUCGCUUCUUUAAAGGAGUAUCGGAAAGUAAAGACGUACCAGAAUCAGUGAGCAUGGUGCUGGGGCAGGAAAUCUCCAGGCUGUUUGGAGACAGUAAUGCCAAGAGCUUCAACCAGGCCUUCCUCACCAAGCACUCCAAUUCCAUCCCUCACCGUGUAGCAGCUGCCAAAAUGAUGUUUUACUUGGAACCUUCAACACAAAAGAAAGCAGUUGAACUGGCUAUAGCACUUGACGAAUCCCUGAGUAACAGAAGUAUUGAGAUCUGUACAGAGGUUUUGGAAAGCCUGCGUGAUGGUAAACUUGGAGACGCUAAAGAAACUGCCGAGUCAUACCGGGCGGAGUGUCAGAAGAUCUACCCCUACACCCUGGCCUUCAUGCCCCCGGGCUACGAGGAAAACAUGAAGAUUGCGGUCAACGGAGACGUCUCCACAGAAACCGAAGAGCUGGCCAAUGACAUGUGAACGUCUGAAGAGGUUGAAAGACUGAAGGUGGAGGAGAAGGUGUGAUGGGAAACUGUGCAGCUCCGACACUUUCGAACACCCAAGACGGUUGCCUUUGACUGACUAUUGCGAUUCUGUAAGGAUCUUCCUGCGAUCUUCUACACCUCAUGAGAUUGCAGUUAGGACUGAGAGACUAUGACACGUUUGGAGUGUAGGAUGACGAGGAGGUGUGUGUGUGUGUGUGUGUGUGUGAGGGUUGGGGGACAAGAAUAAAAUGCCCAUUUUACUUUUUUAACCUUGCUGAUGACUACUCUCUAACUGAAUACUAGUCAAAACAUGCAUCCCAUUUUGAAAUCCAGUAUGUCUGAAUGCAAACUCUGUGCAAAGAGAGCAAAUCCUAUAGUCAACAAACCAAGCAAGAGAUGCACACUCAAACCCAUCUUUUCCCUGUUUUAAAGAGUAAUUUAUAUGAAAAAUAAAAGCUUAAAAAUGGA